UUCCUUCUUUGUUUGCGCGAUACACAAGACUAUGAUGGAAUUAUAGGUAUGAUAGAUGAUUUGGAACGUAUUGACCAAAAACAAAUAACACAUGCACAGGCAGUCCGUUUUCUUUAUGCAUUUGCUUUAAAUAGAAGAAAUAAAAAUGGGGAUCGAGAUAAAGCACUCACAACAGUCGAACAAAUUAUGGACUCUUCUGGUAAUCAAAUGGUUUCGCCUGGUAUAUUUUUUUAG